GUUCUGGUUUAUUAGUUGCAGCUCAAGAUGCCACAGAAGAUGAGGAAGCUGUGGAAGAUACUGUAGUUGAAGAUGAAGAUGAUGAAGCUGAAGUUGAAGAAGAUGAGCCAACAGACUUGACAGAAGAAAAAGAGGAAGAAGACUUGUCAGGAGAACCUAAAGCCUCGCCUAAUGCUGAUACAACCAUCUUAUUUGUGAAAGGUGAAGACUUCCCAGCAAACAACAUUGUAAAGUUUCUGGUGGGCUUCACCAAUAAGGGUGCAGAGGAUUUCAUUGUUGAAUCUCUCGAUGCUUCUUUCCGGUACCCUCAAGACUACCAGUUUUAUAUCCAGAACUUCACAGCUCUCCCUCUGAAUACCGUAGUCCCACCACAGAGACAAGCUACAUUUGAGUACUCUUUCAUCCCUGCUGAGCCUAUGGGUGGUCGUCCUUUUGGACUAGUUAUCAAUCUCAACUACAGAGAUGUAAAUGGCAAUGUGUUUCAAGAUGCUGUCUUCAAUCAAACUGUUACAAUAAUUGAAAAAGAAGAUGGGCUGGAUGGAGAAACGAUCUUCAUGUACAUGUUCCUCGCUGGACUUGGUCUACUUGUCAUUGUUGGCCUGCAUCAGUUACUAGAAUCUAGGAAGAGGAAAAGACCAGUACAGAAAGUAGAGAUGGGAACAUCAAAUCAGAAUGAUGUUGAUAUGAGUUGGAUUCCCCAAGAAACUUUAAAUCAAAUAAUGCAGAGUAGAAGAGAUAAAGCUUCACCAAGGAGGUUGCCCUACAAGAGGGCACAGAAGAGAUCAGUGGGCUCUGAUGAGUAAAUGUUAACUAGAACACCAGUUGAACCUUU